CCACUCGUCCAUGCACGAGGCAACUGAACAUGAACCUGGUCAGUUGCCUCGUGACAUUUUUUUGCAGAUCGGUUGCAUUUAAAUUGUUCAGUUUGGGCUGAAGUUAGCCAUGCCUGCUCAAAAGCUGAGAUGAUUGGAAGUAUGAACAUGUUUGCUCCUCUUUGCUCACCAGUGGGACAAGCGGGGCCCAACUCCCCAUGAUUUUUGUGACUGAAGCCAUUUUGGCUGUAAUCCUGCUGCAUGUCAAAUUUAAUCUCUGAAAGUUCCAAAGAGAGCUUUGGAACGUGGAGCUCGUCUAGUCCAAUCGACAGCUUCCUGAAGCUUCAGCACCAAUUACGGCCCGGUUGGUACUUUGUUGUCUUUGUAGUGAACGCCACAGCUACAGCUCUGCUGUUUCCUGUGGAUGACCCUGAUUACCACCACUACCAGGACCAUUCUAUCUCAUUGCAAAGGAGUAGAUGGUGCUUUUGUUUGCUGAUGCUGGCAAGCCUUGGAUGUGGUUGUGCGGCAGCCUUUUUGACAAAAAGGGCUGGAGCUUCAGCUCAUGUGCGGUCGGCGAGUGGCCAUAGCAUCAGUCUCUGGUUUGAAUCCAUGUUGGCCUCGAUGAGCUUGGCCCCUUGUGGAUUCAGGUAUGGAUUCAUACCAGUUGGCAACCACCACUCAUGGCACAUGGGCUUUGCAUUGUGUAGGGGUCUUCUUUAUUUGAUUGGCUCAUUCCUGCUGGAGAGGCUCAUUGCUUCUCGAAUGGAUCUGUUAGAGCAGGUUUCGAAUCAAAACUACUGCAGUGGCUGCGUUCGCAGGCUCCUUUGGGUGCAAGCCUGGGGCGCCGGUAUGAUGUCAGUGUUCUGUUUUGGAAUGGGCAUAGUCUAUGUGGUUUGUGGCCGUAUGUGGGACAAAUUCUUGUGUGCUGCCCUGGCAAUCGCAAUGUUCACUUCACUGUGCGAGGUGGUGACAAGCUUGGUGGUGGCUGGCUCCCUGGCGAGGUCCUUCCUCCACUUGCGUCGGGUUUUGUACGAGGCGGAGCUUGAAGACGUGCCAGCAGCUGCAAAGUCCUUAAGACGAGCCCUAAGGUUUGCCGCUCUACAGGCGAUUGGCGUCUCUUUCAGCCUCGUGCUCACGAUUGUGGUAGUUCCCUUUGUUCUAGGUGAAAAUUUGGGUGUUAUUGUUGACGACGAUGCAGUAUAUGCGAUCAGCUUGCUUCAGGCUCUCGAUUUGCUUGGGCAUGCGCUCGCCGUACUGCUCCUAUCAGGCAGCCACAGGUUGCCGAAGGUACACCAGACAUCUUACCAAGCCGGUCGCCAGUUGCCCUGUUGGGCAUGCCCCAGUCAGAACAGAGCAGUACCAGAAAAGGAAACAGCCUGGAGCCCCACCUGGAAGGCAAAAAUUGAAGAGCUCUCAUUGCGGGGCAUGACUUUGCGCAGCCUUUUGCAUUUUUAUCAGGAACACCUCCCUUCCAUGCCUGACUGGACAUACACACCCAAAGAUCACAAGACAAGGGAUGUGGUCCGCAGGGUGAUCAUCCCUCUCACCAGCCAGGAGGAAUUGGCCUUUGCAGUCUCAGCCUUGAACAGGGAUGGUGCUCAAAGGGCUCAAGUCAUGGUGACCCACAACUGGGGCAACAGUUUCAAACACAUGCUGGCCGCUGUUGUCUCUGAUGCUUUGCAGGAAUGCAGUUUCAAAAUGGCCGCGCAGCUGCUGGAGGAAGACUGUGCCUUUUUGUUUGGGAUCUUGGCCAGGAGCGGUCGAUUGGACGACACAUAUUGGAUUUGCGCUUUUGCGGUGAACCAACAUACCAGCAUUUGCCACAACAAUCCUUAUGACCGGGACCCCUUGACAAAUGAGCUACAUCCAGUGUGUGCUUGCAGUUGCGUUAAUAUCUCUGAUGCGGAUGGCCAAAGCAGUUCCUCAGAGAUUAACAAGUUUGAUGACAUGAUGUACCACCACGCAACAACAGGAAUUUGCAGGCAAGUGAUUGCAGUGGACAAAUCUUUUGAAUUGUUUCGCCGUGCUUGGUGCGUGGCGGAAAUUGCAGAAGCCAAACGGUUGGACAUGACUCAGUCACUGAAGCUUCUGUCCAAGGCUACUAUUCAGACCUUAGAGGUCUUGGAUGUUCGCAGCAUGAAUGCUUCAUCCGAAAAGGACAAGGAGCUCAUACUGGGCAAGAUUCAAAACAUUGACGAGUUCAAUGCACAGCUGCAAGCGCUAAUUUUUGACCCCACAUCGGGCCUUGUUGCAUCCUGGAACACCAUGGACAGUUUGCAGCAGGUGGGAGAAGUUGGCCGGCUCAUCCGCUGGGGCCUCGCUGAUGCGGGCACCGGUAAAGUGUGGAAUGCAUGGGAUGCCGAUGAGCCUUUUUGAUCAACCAAUCCCAGAAGAUCCAUGGUUUUUUUUGAAUUCGGUGCAUUUCGGUGCCAGCCGGAAAGUAAUUAGGAGUUUGUCACACUGAGUGACACUUUUUGUGGAUUUUACAGCCAGGUUGGCAUAUCCACAUUAUGUGUAUGUGUUUCAACUUGGCAAUCGAAAUGUUAAAGAUUGCCAAAUUGUUGUAAGCGCUAUUUGGCCAACACUUGAUUAUGCAGCAGAAACAGGACAGUUCAGGAGUUGUUCUUGCCGUCAUGUGGUCCUUUUGAAAA